UCCUAUAUAAAGCAAUUGUUCCUCAAUUAUAUUCAUUCAAACAAAGAAAACACAAAUACAAAGUCUCACCAAAAAGCUCUAAAUAUGUUAACUAGAACUUCCACUCUAUUAAUUCAAGAAUUCAUGGAGAACUUCCACUACUCAAGAAGAUUACUCCCGGAGUCCACCAUGGCACCGCCACCGGCAGCCGGAAUCAGCCACUAUGCAACUAAUCAUCAACCAUUUGGUCACAAAGUCAACACAUUUGAUGCAAAUGUUAUUAUGGUCUUGGCCGUACUUGUAUGUGCCUUGAUUUGUUCAUUUAUCUUGAAUUUCAUCAUAAAAUGUGUAUGUAGGUGCACUACCCUAAUAUUGGUAGACUCAUCCUUAAACCAUACAAACAACAACCCUUCUUCAACAAAACUAGUCAAUAGAGGGAUCGAGAAAAAAGCCCUCAAGACAUUUCCGGUUAUAACAUAUAGUACUACUGAAUUGAAACAUCCAGGGUUGGACUCUGAAUGUGUCAUUUGCUUAUCUGAAUUUGGAAUUGGAGAGAAAAUUAAAGUUCUACCUAAAUGCAACCAUGGGUUCCACGUCAAGUGUAUCGAUAAAUGGCUCAAUUCUCACUCUUCUUGCCCUACUUGUAGGCAUUGCCUAAUUGAGACUUGCCAAAAAAUUGUUCCAAUUUCAUCAGCUCUAGUACAAGAAGUUGUAAUAAGGGUUGAACCUCUCCAACGUGAAGAUGUUGUAUCUAAUAAUCAACAUUAGGUAGAAUUAGUAGUAGAUAAACUCAAUUAGACUAGACAUUAGCUUUUAAUUAAGUUGAUAUAGUUUAGUUCUUUCUUUUGUCCUGUUGGAAAAGUUUUGGCUAGAUAUAUAGUCUUGCAAGUGUAUAAAUUAAAUUUUGUUCUUGUUUCUUUAUCAAGAUGAUCAUGCUCCUUCUUGUCAAAGAAAAGGCUAUUAUAUUGUGGUUCCAA